GAGCCAUAGGGAUCAGCCACCUGUAUGGAUCUCAAUUGGACCAAGAGGGUUGAAUAUUUUUUAUUUGUUUAUCUUGUGGUGUCAGAAAACUAAUUCAUAGAUAUUCUUGGGAACAACUAAGUAAGGUUGCUUUUAAGAAGAAAACCAUUUCACUGACAACCAAGAGUGGCACAAGAUUCAAGUCUAUGUGAAGACAGAACAAAAAGCGAAUUACAUUGUUCGGAUCAUGGGGAAAUGCAUCAGUUCCAUAUGUUUGAUGAUUCAUGAAUAAUGACAAGUUCAACAGUAUUGCAUCGCCAAGCACUCAAACUAUCAUCUGUUAUUUUACCUUCAAGCAUCAUCCUAUUCCACAUCCAUGUGAGAUGAGAUGUAAAUCAGAGAGCUGCCAUAUUUCUGAACAGAUGGUGGAUGGAAUCAUACAAUAAGCUCGUCUCAUUCCCACUUGCAAGUAUUUCCUGAUAUAAUACCUUUCGUAUUGGAAGACAAUAACUCUGAUAUAUCUAGAGAUUACACUACAAAAUCAAAGUGUCAACAAGUCGUGAAUGAUGACAAACAACCAAUAUAUCAUGAACCAGAAAUCGAAGAAGUUGCAGCUGAAGAAUUUAUUUCUGACAAUGAAUUUGAAAAUAUCAAGAAAGAGGAGGAUGAUGACGUGUUUGAUGUUAGUGAUCUACCUGUUCCAAUAAUAAAUGAUAUUUCUGCUGAUUUCUUUGUUGAUUUGGAAAAAAGGAAGGGAACAUUUGGCUUUAGUGUUAUGGGUGGAUCUGACAAGUCCAUAAAUGUUAUUAAAGUUCAACACAUAGUGCCUGGUGGAUCUGCAGAAAUGAAUGGAAGUUUACAAGCCGGUGAUGUUAUAUUAGCAAUCAAUGAUAUUCAGCUGAGUAAUGUCUCACAUAAGGAAGCCGUUGAAAUAUUGAGUAAAGCAUCAAACAAAUCAAGGCUUCAUGUCAGAAGAGACCAAAUGUUGAGAUUGGAGAGCAACCCAGUGGUCCCAGAUGAGCAACUACAAGAAGUUCAAAAUGGAAAUUGUGCAGUGAAUGAAAUCACUGAAACAGGGAAUGCGGGUUUUAAUACACAAUCUGAGAGAAUAGUGGGAAGAAACGUUGAUGAUGAUAUCAAUGAACUGACUUCUCUAAGGCUUGAUACAACUUAUGAUGAACGGGUUACUGAAGUGGCCUCUGCAUUUUAUAAUUAUCAAUAUACUGAUAUUGAAUCUGAUAUACAACAUGAAUAUAUUGGAAAUGGUGCAGAAGACUUGACAAUGAAGGAUGAAUUACAUUUGAAUUUAUUGCAUCAUGAAGAGGAUAUGAGUAGGGGUGAAGGUGAUGGUGUCAGCAAUUUAUCAACCCAUGAUCGUCAAAAUACUACAGGAAGUUUAUCACAAAGUGGAAGAUUUUCUGACAUUUCUUCACAUGUUUCGAGGGAUGUGAUACCGGAAGCAACGACAGUGGCUAUUGCAGAUUUCGAAGAUUUCAGGAGACGUUUAUCAAGUUUAAAAACUGCAAAUGAAUCGAGCAAUAAUUCUGGAGACAACGAAUCAUGGUCUACUGUUCAUGAGUGAAGAUAAAGUUGCUGGAUGUGUAGCAAUAUUAACAGUUUACAUUUUCUUACAUUUUUGGAAAUCUGAUUCAUUUUUUUACUGGCAUAUAAGUAGUUGAAGGUGACACCAGGGAUUAGUAUCAUCAAGCCUACAUGGUUGUCACAUACUAGUCCGGGAAGAUAUCUUGGCAUGUCUGCCCCAGUUGAGGUUCUCUGACUGACUUUGUUUUAAGAAAAUGGCGAUUGUAUUUGAAUUUGUUUUCAAAUUUUUCUUAUUGGAAGAUUAAAAAAGUGAAUAAAUUAGAGAAAGCUUUUCUUUAUUUUGUGCAGCCUUUCGCAGGUGUUCGCAUCUAUUCCCUGAGUAUUUUCCUGGAAACCGGCCAUGUCCAGCAUUCAUACUCGUCUCUUUGUUAAACAGAAAGUAUACAGGAAUUCGAAACUUGACCUCAAACUAUUUUGUAAUUCUUGACUAUGGCUCGCCUAAUUUAAUUCGGCAAAAUUUUGUUUUAGCAGGUACCUGUCCAUUUUCUUGUUCAAUUUAUUAUUUUUUGUAUUGAAUUAUAUGUAUAUUGUUUCAAA